GCACAUAAUGAUAACUUGAUUCAAGAAAUAAACAAGAACAUUGCUAAAGAGGUCGGUCUACGUGUUAUUCACAUCUGUCUCCCUGAAGGCAGCAGCAAGGAUGAGAUUGUCAAUGAAAUCUUGAGACUUAAUGAGGAUCCCAAUGUGCAGGGCCUUGCCCUUGACCUCCCAGAAAGCUUAUAUAGCAGUAAGGUGUUAGACGCUGUAAAACCAGAGAAGGAUGUGGAUGGGUUAUCUGAUGUAAACCUAGGACGCUUGGUACGUGGUAAUGCCCAUGGCUGUUUAGUUCCUCCUACAGUGUGUGCUGUGAUGGAGCUUCUUGAAGAUUUAGGUGAGACCUUCUGUGGAAAGACGGUUCUGCUGGUGGGAGCCAGGGGGGCAGUGGGCGCUGCCUUGCAGUGCAUGCUGCACAGGGAGGGAGCGACGACCCUGAGCUGCCAGUGGAAUUCUCCUCAGUUGCAGACCAAG